AUGUCGUACGACGACGUAGAGAUAGAAGACAUGGAGUGGAACGAAGAGUUAAAAGCCUACACGUAUCCAUGCCCGUGCGGCGAUUUGUUUCAAAUCACGAAGGACGAUCUCCGACUGGGUGAAGAAAUAGCUCGAUGCCCUAGUUGUUCCCUUUACAUCACCGUUAUCUAUAACAUCGAAGAUUUCCUCGGCGAUAAUGAUAAAUCAAAGAAUAAGAGUUUGGAGCCGGCGAAACAGCAGCCUAUUUCUGUUGCUUAA